AUGUUCGCUAAUUCAACCAGACAGAAGGCUUUGCGUGCCACACUCAGUGCAAAAAGAUUCAACUCCUCCCAUAGCCACCAUGUUGAAAAGAAGCCAAUUGAAAUCACCUUCGCCAAAAUAUUCGCCGUGGGAUCUCUAGUUGGUGGAUGGCUUCUCUAUAAGAACAAGGACAACACAGAGACGCCCCUUUUCAAAUCUGGCCUUUUUGAUCAAGAAUUAAACGGACAACGUGAUCAUUUAAGAGAAGAAGGAUAUGAAAGUCGCUAUAAGAUGGGUUUUAUUAAAACUUAUAUUGCUGAUAACGGUGGUUCUGGAUUUGGUAAUUCGGCUUAUAGAAGAGGAAGUGGAGAGGAGGUUUCAAAUACAAAUUUAAUUGCUGCUCACUCACCUUGGGGUCCACAAUUCGGUGCAGGUAUAAAACUAGACAAGUUGGGUGAAAGAAGGGAGAGAAUAGAGAGAUUUGCCCCUCUUAAAUAA